ACAUAUUGAAUAUUAUUUUCGCAGGGUGACACUGAUGUUGACCACUUCCCUUGAAAUAAGUUCAGAUAAUAAAUUUAAUUUUUGUGGCAUCAACAAUGAGUGCCAAAGAAUCAAAAGCCCUCAUCAAGGACAUACGGGAAACAAUUAAGCUGGCCAAAUAUGGAGACGCCAUACAUAAAUGCCAGCGUCUUCUUAAGGCUGAUCCGAAGAAUUACAUGGGUUACUUGUUGCUCGGCGCCGCCUACCAAAACGUUGACAAAUCAGAGGCGGCUAAAUUUUUGAGAAAGUCCAUUGAAUAUACCGAAGGACCUGCUACGGUUGCGCUACAAGGACUUGCUAAUUGUGCACCCCGAGAGGAGCUUCCACAAAUUUAUGAACAGCUUGUGGAGCUGUUGCCGGAGAAAUGUUUGGACUACUAUGAAAAGCUCUAUGUCUUAGCAGCGGAUGCUGCCUUAACCAAGUCAUGCUUGGAGGUGUUCAAAAAAAAGGCGCAAAAUCUGAACGAUUGCCAUAUCAAUAAGAUUCUGGAGUAUCUGGGCAGAAUAUGGUUUUCCAGCGAAAUGGAGGUGUCAGCUACAGAAACGGAACUCUAUAAAAUGAGCAUGGAAACACUUUUGUCGGUGGGCGAUGCCGAUCUACAGGGCAUGGUCUACAAGCGUUAUCUGAAGUUUCUCUACAAGGAGCAGGACUUUGUUGGCUGCAUACGCAACGCUUGUAAUAUGAUUGAAUCACAUCCACGUGACGUCUAUGGCUUUGAAUGGAUCUGUAAGACACAUUGCGAGAAUCAUUUGAAGGGCAACAGUGAAGCCUGGCAAAACGAACUGCGCCGAUCUAUUCAAGAAUAUGCCGAACAGCUGCUGCAACUAAACCCAAAAUCAAAUUUGGCUCUUCUGGUCAAGGCUUUAGAUCUGUAUGCGAAAGAGCAAUUUAUUUCUGCUCGUCAAUUGGUCUUGCAAGCUCUGGAAUAUCAACCUAGUUAUAGGAUGACCCAAGAGCUUCUGGCUAGGAUUCAUAUGAAAUUAGGUGCUCACAAAUUGGCGCUGUUGCUGUGGCAGGAGUUGGGUGAGCAGCAUGAAGAGUAUGCUCAAUGUCUGUCCUAUGAAAAGGAUGUAAAACAAUUGGAGGAGGCAGCUCGAAUACUAAAGGAUAAUACAACAAAAGAUGAACUUAACCUAAAGGCUUUGGCACGCUGCUACUACAAACUGAAUGAAGUGGAACAGUUGAAGUCCUUGCCAUUGGAUGUGGUUACGCAUGCUGAAUUUCUACUACCACCAGCGGAAGCUCUUCAAGCUAUAGCCAACAAUGAAUCAUUUGAAGCGUUGCUACUGCGUGGCAAGCUGAAUAUGAAAUUACAAAAUUUUGCCGAGGCGCUGAAUUGCAUGUUGAAGGCUACACGACUGCAACCAUACAUUGCUGAAUGCUUCGAACAGUUAGCGCGCUUGUAUCAAGCAAAUGACGAUAUUCCACGAGCGCGCAAAUGUUUUGAAAAGUGCGUUAGUCUAAAUGCUUUGGCCCAAGAGGCUGUGGAUGCCUUAAGCUCGAUCUAUCAGCAGUUAGGCGAAGAGGAUCUGAAUGAAGCACUGUUGAUGAAUACCCUACGUUACUUGAGCAGCGAUGACGCCAUUCGCUUGCAGUACAAACUGGGAUUGCACUUUUUGCAAGUGAAAAAAUUGGAUAACGCUAUUCAAUGCUUUCGUAUUGCUAUCAAACACGAUUUUAAGUGCAUGGUCUAUUGGGAAUCUCUGGGCGAUGCAUAUGCCGCCCGCGGCUCAUACAACUCAGCAAUACGUGUUUUUCAAAAAAUACUUGAACUGUCGCCCAGCAACUGUUACGCUCAACUGCAAAUAGCUUUGAUUAAAACGACCAUUCGCAUGUAUCCAGAGGCAAUUGCUGAUUUCAAUGAGCUGCUCAAACUGUAUCCAGAUUAUUUGCCUGCUUUAAAAGGCGCUGCUGAGGCGCAUAUGGGUCUUGCCCACAAUCUAAAGGCUCAAAAUCUUUAUGGACGUGCCAAGGAUAAUUUCCAGCUGGCUUUGGAACGUCUGCAAAGCGCCUUUUUACAAACCCAAGCUCAGGGUAUGGUCUGGCUGUGGCGCCUUACUGCAAGCGUUUUGGUGCAGGCAGCUCAGCUACCGCAAUCCUUGGCGAAUUUGGAUGUUGCGGGCAGUUUGGCCAAGCGAGACGAGGAAAUUGUUUAUCUCUCACGCAAGGAUCUGUUGCAGCUGGCGCAAAGAUUUUACUUGUGCGCCUUAAAGCUAAAGCAAAACACAUUUUUGUGGUAUGAGUUGGCUUUGUGCAGCUAUUAUAGCGCGGUUUAUUUAUCAGAAGAUGCGAAGAGUCACCUGGAGAUGGCGACCAAGGUAUGCAAAAUGGCCAUCAAGGCGCAAAGCAACCGCUGGCAAAAUUGGAAUCUAUUGGGCGUAAUCAAUAUGCAUGCAGCCAAUGAGGAUUUGCCUGUGGCUCAGCAUUGUUUAAUCCAAGCCGUCGUGUUGGAGAGGAAAUCCUAUACCGCUUGGACUAACCUGGGCGUGCUGUAUAUUAAGCUGGGCGAUAUACGAUUAGCUAACGAAGCCUUUAAGCGUGCUCAGCAAUCGAGUCCGAUUUAUCCAAAUGCUUGGAUAGGACAGGCUUUGGUAGCCGAAACAAUCGGCGAUCAGGAGGAGGCCUUCGACUUAUUUAGGCAUUGUCAGCAAUUCGAAUAUCAUCCAGAAGCAGCUCUUGGCUAUGCUCAUUGGGUUUGUCAUGUGCUCUCCGAUCCGGCGAUGUUCAAUAAACCGCAUAAUAAACAUGCUAUAGAAAAUAUGUAUGCGGAUGUAUAUGCCUUGGAUGCUAUCAAUUGGUAUGUGCAGAACGAGGAGUCCGAGGCCAGCAUUGCGUCGCUUACAUUUCAAGGUUUUCUAUACGCACGCAAAAAGCUUUACAAACAGGCAAUUAUUUCGUUUACACGCGCCUGCCAACAAGCGGAACCUGGCAAGGAUCGAGAUAAUCUUUAUACCAAUCUGGGGUAUCUUUACUUAAAGCUCGGCCAACCGGAGCAGGCAGUCAGCGCUUUUGACAAUGUAGCUCAUACCUCCUUCAAGCCUAUCACAGGCUUGGCUUUGGCAUAUUAUCGCUGUGGACAGUCACCUGAAUCAUAUGCGACAUAUUAUAACCUGUUGGACAGCGGGGUCGCACAGGAUGAUGAAAAGGCAGCUUCAAUAUUGGUGGCCAUGGCCUCUCUGGUAUAUGCAUCUCAAGGCGAGACAGAUACCAAAACUUUGUUGUAUCAAUGCAUACUUCUCAAAGAUAAGCCUAUUCAAGCGUUAUUCUCGGCUUAUGCUUUGGGCGUGCUACAUCGGGAUAACGAGCUAAUCAACAUCAUUAUGCCAGAGCUACAGAAUUAUCAUUUCAAUGAGAAGUUUUCGGCUGAUGUGUCCUACCUAUCAGCUCAUUAUUGUUUAAUUAAGGAGGGUCCUCGCCAGGCUCUUAACUAUCUUCAACAACGUGUGCGCAUGUUUCCACAAAAUCCUGCGUUGCGUAAAAUCUUUGUUAAAUUUAUUCUAGACUAUUUCCCCAACGAUGCGGCUUACGAGAAAGCCUUGGCUAAUAUGGCUCUAAUUGCACUCAAAUUAAGACCCAGCUACGUGUGGGAUUGCAACAAGGCCAGUGAGCAAUCGGAGAUAACCAUUUAUGCCAGUCGAGCUUUGGAACGUGUGGAUAAGGCUCAUUCCCUAAAGCUCAUUCAAAGCGCCAUACGCAUGGAUCCAAUCAAUCAACAAGCAAGGCAGCUGCUAAGUAGUAUAACUGCGUGCUAGCCUAUAAAUAGUUAUAAAUUAAAUAACAAAUAUUUUUUUAAAUUUUUUAAUUCAAAAAGGCAAAUAAUAAAAAAAAAUAAAUCCUUCGAGCCGGAGUCGAA